GAAAAAAUCGAUCUAAAUUGAGGUGCGGCUUCUCGAUCUAUCUUCCCCUUUCUUCGAUCUAUUCUCCUAGCUAGAACAGCGGCGACAUUGAGACGAUCUUAACCUCUGGAAAAAGGAUGACAGACGGCGGCAACCGUGGAUUCGUCGCCGGCGAGGACGAACCCAGAUCGACGUCCAGGACUCGGUCUCUCUUGGGAUUGGAAUGAAAGAAAGAAAAAAUUUAUGUUAGUUCCCUAAGAAAUGUAUAGCUAUUAUCUGGGUUUCUUAACCAAAACAAUAUCUUAGGGAUUAAUUAGUUUGAUGAUUUAAAAUUAUUGGACUAAAUAGUCUAUAAUUUUUGUAAAUUUUGUGAAUGUGGU